GAGGCGGCAUGGCCCGCACGCUUGACGUACCAGAGCGGCAGAUCUUAGUGGACUUCUUCGACGACCCCAACGGGUUUCGAUGGCAUAUGCGAUUGCUCGUCCUGGCCACGCCCAACCCUGGGCAAUGGAUAUGUUCGACGCCAGGUCUGAGCAUUCAGUUCAUCGACGUCACCACUCACAGAGUGAUCCCUCUCACGCGGGACUCGGAGUUCCCGCGGCGUGUCAGAGGCGAGGUCUAUGCGUUCGAUCCGUUGACCCCCGAGGAGCUCCAACAGGUCCGCCGAGAGGCCAAGGAGCUGCUGGCCGUCUACGGGCUCACGGGGGGCGCGGACGCGCAGCCCGAGGGUGGGCGCUGGCUGAUAGCCGACCCCGCGCACCCGGGCUUCGGCGACGCGCUCCCCGCCGCGGCCCUCGCCGACGCCGACAGCCUCAUCAUCCGAGGCGACCGCGGCCUCGCCUGCGUGGACGAGGACUGUCUCGCCGUGGAGAGGCUGCUGGACGAGGACUUGGACAACUGGCGGUUGCUCAAGUCGACGGGCGCGGGCCGCGACAGGCGGAUCCUCGGCGACGAGCGUGUGAACGGGGUACCCGUGCUCUCUCUCACCGCCGCGGCGCGGGCCAGCAGCAAGGCCCAUCGGCCUGGCUGGCCCUUCCGCGGCGACGCCUGCGCCCCGGGCCUCGACCAGGCCAUCUGCUACGGCCAACUCGACUUCGCCAGCUGCGCGGUCAUCGAGCACCUCGCCCGCUGGCUCUACGAGGCGGAGUCGGCGGUCAGGAGGAACCCGAAGGUGCCAGACUUCACGAACCUGGACGGCAUCUUCGCGGCUCCCAUGGCCGAGGACGGGCGGAUGCAGCUGCCGACCUUCUCCAAGUGGGUCUCGCUCCGCCGCGACGAGGCUCAGAUCAUGAAGCAGGGGCGGCUCUGGAGCGAGGGGCGCGGCAUCGACCGCGCCAAGCACAAGGGCAAGGACGGCAAGGGGCCAGGGGCCUUCGGCCCGGGUCAGCGGGGCAGAUCUUCUGGCGACGCCUGCUUCGACAUCGCUUGCUGCCCGGGUGCCCCUCUCGUCGCCAUCUCCGUGCUGACGCUCCUCGUGGACGUCCCCUUGGUCGGUGGAGGCCCCGACGUGAGCGACGGCGCGGACGAGCUUGGCGGUCCGAUGAUGCGGGAGAUGGCCCUCGACCUGACCCCGCCAAGCCGUCGCCUCGCGGAGGCGCAGCGCUCGAUCAUCUCGCGCGUCAGCCGACGCGUCGAGAGCUACGGAGAACGACCCGACAUCCUGCCCGCCACCGCCUACGCCGACCUCAUCAAGAGUCACGACUUGUACUCGGGGCAGCCGAUGAGCUUGCAGCCGUGCGACCCCAGCCUCCACAAGGUACUCCACCGCGACCGACGCCCCCAGGAGCUCCGCGGCUGCCUGGGCGCCGAGGGUCGCAGGUGCCUGGGCCGCGCCGACGAGCUUAUCUUCAGGAUAGACUUCAUCAAGCACCUCGCCUCCGUAGGCCUCGUCGGGUUCAGGCUCUCCGUCCGUGGUCGCGUCGGCGCUUUCUGCGUGGGCAAGGAGGACGGACCCCUCCGCUUCAUCCUCGACGGGUGCGAGCCCUCCCCGCCCCACAGGAGGCCGCCCCACACCGCCUUGGGAUCCGCUGGGGCCCUCGCAGGGCUCGACCUUUCGGACCAGGCCCUGCGGCCCCAGGGCGUCGAUCCCCAGGCGGCCGACAUCCGCGCGGCGGGCCUGGGCCUGAAGGAUGGGCUCUACCAGUUCGCGAACGACGACCUCGCGGACUGGUUCGGGUUCAACUGCCCCGAGGCCGCGUCCGACUUUGGCGACCCGCAGGUGCACAUCCCCGCCGACGGCUGCAUCGUCCAGGUGUCGAGCGACACUCGGAUCUUCGCGGUCUUUCGAGGUCCUCUGAUGGGUUGGUCGUGGCCCCUGUUCUUCUCCAAGGAUCUCCUAGAGGAGGCCCAGUGCAAGGGCCUUCUGAGCUUUGGAUGUGAAGACGGAGGCCGCUUGGUGCACGAGAGGUGCCCCGCGCCCUUGCUGGCGCCCGGCCGCCCCCUGUCCCAGCCCUACGUGGACAACGCCAACGUCGUCGGCCUCAGCCGCAGGGGCACCGAGCACGCGCUGCGCGGCGCCCAGCACGUCCUGGACUACUUAGGCAUCGACUACCACGACCUGGUGGAUCCCACGAAGUUGUGCACCGCGGUGGGCGUCGUGCUCGACACGGCUGCGCGCCGCCUUCGCCACGCGGAGGCUCGCGCCUGGCGCCUGUGCCUUGGCGUGGAGCAUCUGCUUCGUGUGCGUCGUGCGUCUGGCCGUGCCCUUCGAGUCGUGCGCGGCCACCUGGUCAACCACUUCGUGAUCGCGCGGCCAGCGCUUGCGGCGUCGGACGAGGGGCGCCGCUUCAUCGCGCAGCACCUGGACGUGCGGGCCCCCCUCGGCCGCCUCCUGCUGGGCGAGCUCCGUGUGCUGAAGGGUCUGCUGCGGCUGGCCGACGUGGACCGCGCCGCCCCCUGGUCGCGUGUAGUCUACUGCAGCGACGCGUCGGGCGGUGAGCUGCGUGGCUGGACAGGCUGGCCUUUCGCCGUCGCGGGGAACGGCGGCUGCGCCCUCCACGAGACGGCCUGCGUCGACUACGAGGCCAUGCAGGCUUUCAAGUACCGCGAGCGCUGGAGGUUCAAGAUGGAGGAGGAGGAGCUGGUCGCGCCGGGGGCCCCGAGCGACGAGAUCCGCGGCUGGGCCCCUGAGCCCGCGGCCACCUCCGACCUGCUCAUCGCCGGACUCCUGGCCCCCAGCUCCAAGCCGUCGGUGAUCGACCGGCGCCUCCCUCGCACGAGGGCCGUCAUCGUGCAGGGCGCCGUGCCAGCUCUGGACGACGCCUUCCUGGUCCGCAGCCGCUGGAAGGUGAUCGUGCGAGGCGCCUUCAGGUGCAAGGCCUCCGUCCACGUGAGGGAGGCUCGGACUCAGCUCCUCGGGCUCGUCCGCGCCUCGCGCGAUCCCCGCGUGCGCGGCCUCCGCGUCGGCAGCCUGGGCGACGACGUGGCGGCGCUCCUCAGCUUCGAGAAGGGGCGCGCCCGUGACAGGGCCCUCCUCCAGCUCUGCCAGGUCAGUGCCGCCCGCCAGAUCGGGCGCGAGAUCCAGUGGAAGCAGCGCUACUGCGAGUCAGGCCGCAACCCGGGCCGACGGACGCCGACGGUCGUGCUGCUGACCUGGGACACGUCCUACCUGAUCAUCCCCAGCGUGGCCACGCCGCGCGGGCAGCCGUGCCAGCGCGCCCGCGGGGGCCGCAGCCGCUGCCGGGCAUUUUGCGAGCUCUACGCGGGCACCGGCAGGCUCGCGGCAGCCGUCAGAGACAUUCGUUUGCACUGCGCUCCACACUUCGAGUACGGCGUGCACUGGUCUCUGGAGAACCCGGCUGGGUCCAAGUUCUUCAACUGGGACCCCCUCGCGGACUUCCUGAUGACCUCAGGUGGCAACUGGGCCCUCCUCCACUACUGCCAGUACGGCUGCACCUAUAAGAAGCCUACGUACCUCGUGUCGAGCCUCCCAGAGAUCACAUCUCUCGAGCGCCUCUGCCCGGGGAACCACAGCCGCGAGAUAUUCCAGGGCAAGGCGCAUGCAACAAAGAGCGUCGGGGUGCGCCGGCGAGAGCGGGCGGUCGGUGCGGACAGGCCCUACCUCGAGCACCGGCGUGUCCAGCCCCGCACCGUCGCCUUGUGCCGCGAGGCCCACCGCGAGUUCAGCCAGUGGGCGGCCGAGCAGCACCUCCGCCAGGUAUCCAUGGGCGAGACGCACCUGGCCAUGACGAGGUACCUCGACCAUAUGUACUUCCAGGGGCUUAGCAUCGCCCACGCCAGGGGCGCCGUCCACGGGGCGAUCUUCGUGAAGGACUACCUGCGAAGAUCGCCGACCACCGUGUGCCGUGCCAAGGGCGCCCUGGCCGGGUGGUUCAAGGCAGGGCCCGACCGCGUCAGAGAUCCGCUGCCGUGGGAGGCUGCGGUGCUGAUCGCCGACAACCUCGCCGAGAGAGACUGCGAGGGGGUCGCCGCCGCUGGGGCCCUGCUCGUCAGCUUCGACGGGUACAUCAGGCCGAGCAACGCCCUGGCCAUCACGAGCCGCGAGGUGAGCCAGCGCCAGGCCGGAUCCAAUCCCAACAACCCCAGCCUCGUGGUCACGAUCGCUCCUCGGGCCGACGACCACGGCCAACAGCCCGCCCCAUCGACCAAGUCGGGGGACCACGACUGCACCAUCGUCUUCGGCGACCAGGCCAGCCUCAAGGCCAACAGGGGCAUCUGCCGCGACGCCCUGCUCUGGGCCUCAAGGAAGGCCCGCCGCGGCAGGCCCCUGUUCGAUAUCAGCCUCGCAAAGUACGAGCAGCUCUUCAACCAAGCCGUGUCCGACGUAAUGCUGAGCUCUCUCAGGGCCACGCCGCGCUGUGCCCGACGCGGAGGCCCGAGCGCCGACGCAGCUCUCAAGCUGCGCCCUCUUGAGGCUAUCCAGAAGAGAGACCUCUGGCGCUCGGCCUCCAGCGUGCGGCGCUAUGAGAAGCAUGGCGCGCUCAUGCGCCAUAUUGCAAAGAUGACGUCCUCCCCGCUUCGCUCUGUGCCCGCAGCCCUUCGAAGGCUGCAGAAUAUGUUCAAGAUUUGAUGGCCCACCCACCCUG